UUUACUUUCAUUUAAAUAGUGCAGGAUACAUUGGCAGGAGUGUACUUUCAUUUUAUUGCAGAAACUACAAUUUCGCCAGACCAGGGGUAAAUUUCUGAUUACCCAUCCAUUGUUCCAAGGGUGAUAUUAUACUGGCUCACCGGCAGUUUCGUGCAGGAGUGGGCAUGGCCAGGAUGAUGGAUAACUGCCAUGGCUGUGAGGCAGAAUGGAAAUGAGGCAUGACUGGGAUGCCAUGCAUAUUAGCCCAUGACGGUAUGCAUAUAAUGAAUGCAGUUUUCAGGGAAGACAUAAUCUACAUGGGAACACCAAAAUGAUAAAAAAUUGAAAACGUGCCAUAAGCUGUGAUACCUAAAGCUACAAUAGAAAGUGAGAAUGACGUUAUUGUUGAAGAAGAAGAAGAUAUCAUUAGCAGUGGCUAUUUUCAGCAGCUUGACACUCGUAUGGUACAUGUACAUGAAUAAGGUGCCUUUGAUUUCUGAUAUAAAUUUAAUGGAGCUCUAUAACUAUGAUCCAGUUCAUACACAUAAUUUUACAUUUCUCAUUAAUAGACCUUUGAAAUGCAAUGGCAGCUCACCAUUUCUAAUAAUUUUUGUUGCCUCAAAGCCUAGUAACAUACUGCAAAGAAAUGCUAUAAGAAUAACCUGGGGCUCAAGUAAAACCUGGUGGGGACAUCAGGUUUUAAUAUUGUUUUUACUUGGCAAGGAUAUUGAAGCUGGAACUAGUCAAUCAGUGGUAAAACAGGAGAGUGAGCAGUUUGGAGAUGUAAUACAACAAGAUUUCCAUGAUAAUUACAACAACCUUACAUUGAAAACAAAAAUGGCAUUUAGGUGGCUUUCUGAGUUUUGUCCAAAUGCAAAAUACAUGAUGAAAGCAGAUGAUGAUGUUUUUGUAAAUGUUAGAAAUUUAGUGGGGUUUCUAUUGUCUACAAAUAUGUCAGAGAAUCUGUACUCUGGAUAUCCAUUCUUCAGAAAUGUACCACACAGAGGUUUUUUCCAAAAAAUAUACAUCUCCUAUGAGAGUUAUCCUUAUCCAGUAUACCCUCCUUACUGCAGUGGACUUGGGUAUGUACUGUCUGCAAACUUAGUCCUAAAACUUUAUGAAAUAAUGAAUCAUAUCAAACCAAUACGAUUUGAAGAUGCAUACGUUGGACUUUGUUUAUAUCUGUCAAGAACUAGCAUAAAGAUCUUACCCAACAGUCAUUUCCAUUUAUAUAAGGUCAAGUUUGAUGUCUGCAAAUAUAGAGAAGUGAUUGCUGUUCAUGGUGUAACACCGAAAGAGUUGAUUACCUUCUGGGAGCAGCUUAAAUUAAAGAACAGUGAUUCUUGCUGAAGAAGAAAUGCAGUAUUUCACUCAGAAUCUGGAUUACAAAUUAAGAGAAAGGUGGUUGAUCGUACACAUGUUUAUAUAAACUACGUUAUGAUUUACUGGCCACUUCUUGAAGAUUUGCAUGACUAAAGUGGCAGAGGUUGAGAAAUGGUAUACUGCCACAUCUCUGUGAUAGAAUUUCCUGGGCAUUCUACACCUCAUGGUUCAAAGACUGCUCAGAGCUUGUUACUUUUGGUGCCCUCACUUAUUUUCCACAAGCCUUACACCGCACCCCUUCCAAGCACUACUUAAGUAAUGGCACGCUGUGGAACAAAGUGCAAAGUUGUGAUGUGAUAAUUACUGUAUCAGUACAACACUGGCCAUCUACACACUGGUGCUUAGUAAACUUCUUUCUCAUCUGUGUAACAGUGCAGUCCUUGUAAUUUUGAGCCAUCAGGCAUACAUCUACUAAUAAAACUGGCCACAUUUUAAUUUAGCCUAUUUGAUAAACUGUUUUGUGAUUUAACAUUAACAGUAAUCAAGCUCCUGAAGGCUAACAUUUACACAUCAGUAAAAUAUGUAGUUUAAGUAAAUGCUUUCACAAGCAAGCAUGUCCAGGUGUAUAUUCCCCAUUUAGGAGACUUUAUUUCCACACACUCUGCCUUAUUUAAGCAUUCUGAGAUUGCAGAACAUUCCAGAGUGAUGAUCUUGGAAUUGUUAUAUAUAUAAAGCCAGAAAGUAUUUAAGUAUGAAGGUAGACUGAUAAUGUAAUCUAGAAUAGCUGUACGUUUGCUGCACUGGAAUUUGACCUUUUAGUACUUUUAAUGCAUUAUUACUUUCAGAUUACUAUUUUUAGAUUUUACACCGUUUGGACCUGAUAAGAUAAAGUAGACUGAUAAAAAUGGAUACUUUUUGAUCCAUGAUGAAAUGGGUACCUACUGUCUUAUGUUCUCAGAAGUCAGUACUAUAUUUUCUCCCCUCAACCUGCAUCCCCAUGUAGGAAAUAUGUCCCUGGGUUCAUAUGAUUUGCCAGAUGUGGUCAAUCAUUGGGUCAACAGAGUUAGUUCCUGAAUACAGUACUGGAAGAUGCUUACCUCUACAUUAGUGGUUCGUUAGUUCUGAAACAGUAUUAGUGGAUGGUUAGGUAAAAUAUAUCUUGACUGUUGUGCCAAAGAAUUAUUCUUUGUUAUAACUGUGAAUGAAUGCAUCUGUGUCAUGUCUUAGUAAGUAAGACAAAGAUUAAGUGCUGUGAAGACGUAUGCCAAUAAAAUAAGUCUUAUGAGCUAGUAAAUAAAUCAGAUUAAUAACUUUACCAACAUGUAGCUGUCAGACUUAUUAAAAUCUAUAUUUUGCAUGAUUUAAGGGAUUGCUUAUUGUAAGGAUUUGAGAUCACACAAAAAAGACAUUAGUUCAUUGUUAUAUUUGUUCCAUGCUAAAUGUAUUUUGUCUUCAGGUAAGCAUACUCAGGAUAUUUGGAAUUGUAUGUGGUCUUCCAGAGUACAGCUCCCUCUUAUCCAUGAGUGUCGCUCUCUCAAUCCCUGAAAUCACAUGCUUAAGAAAAACACCCAUUUAACCACACAGUCUGAAAAAAAUAGACAUUUAAAAAAGUUUGAUCAGAGAACGGGUUGUCAUAUUAACUCUGAGUUAUAUAUAUAUAUAUAUAUAUAUAUAUAUAUAUAUAUAUAUAUAUAUUAGUUAUGAUGCAUCCAUUUAUUGUGGGGUGGGGUAUCAGUGGUGAGGUACUGAAGGGUGGAAAGGAGGCAUUCAUAGUUGACUGUAUCAAACGCCCUAGGGUUCAUCAAAUUUAGUAAAAUUGGACACUUUUGCACAUAUUCAUGUCUUUAUGCAUAGACAUAUGGUUACACAUUGUAAUGUUUGCAAAGCAAGUUAAUUGAAAUACUAGCUAUAACUACAGUUCUGAGUAUGUAUUUGAUAUGCACAUCUUAUACUAUUAAUUUGACAAAAGCACAACAAGUUGGUGAUCCUGUUGUGUAGAUACAUGCAGAAACAUUUUCAGGACUAUGCUUCCAGACAGCUAGAAGGGGAAUAAGCAAAUGGGAAACAAAAGCAACACAGUAAGCAGAUGAAAACCUUGUACUGAUGAGAAGGAAGACCAAGAAAUGGAACUGAGUUACAUACAAGGAACUAAUGAAACAUGUAGCAGGUUUUGCAAAACAGUGAGUCUUCUAAGUGGUAAUUUGAAGGAAUAAUUGUAUAAAGUGACACUGGAUAAGAAACGCAUUUUAAAACCACUGAGUUGACUCUUAUGUAACACAACAGGCCAAUUAACAAAUUACCUCAUGUUUUAGCUUUAUACAAACUGUCUUUGGUCAAGAAAAAGUUUUAUAUAAAGUAAUACAGCAGUGUUUGCACAACAAAAUGUUUGGUCAUUUAAUUUUUUAUGUAAAGAAAUUAUUUCUAAAAAUGAUCUUUCAUACUAUAUGUGCAUAUAAAGCUGAAAUUAUACUUGAAAGUAAAAAUAAAUCUAAAAUGGAAGAUCA